GAGGGGAGGAAGAGGAGGAGGAGGGGGGCGGUGCAUCCAGGCCCAGGGGGUCCUCAGCACAGCCUUCGGGACCCCUGAACACAGACAGCCUAGGAUCGAGUACUGGUCUGUUUGGGGACAAUGGAGCCCCUUACCCAGCUCCUGCUUCUGUGCAUAGCCCUGAUCUCAACAGCGAAGGAAGAAGCUCCGAAGGAAAGAGACCCAUUUACAUAUGACUACCAGUCCCUGAGGAUUGGAGGGCUAGUUUUUGCUGGCAUCCUCUUCAUCCUCGGCAUCCUCAUCAUCCUCAGCCGCAGAUGUCGCUGUAAAUUCAACCAACAGCAAAGAACUGGGGAACCCGAUGAAGAAGAGGGUACUUUCCGCAGCUCCAUCCGCCGCCUGUCCAGCAGAAGGCGGUAGGAGCCUGAGAUGAAGUCAGAGAGACUGACCAGGUCCCUCUCCGGAUCUAACCCUCCCCUCCCAUCCACUCUCCACAGGUUUCCCUGGGUUCCUGCCCGCUCUCCCACUCCCACGGUGCCCCCAGCACCUCCAAACCUGUAAUAAAGGCCAGUCUUCUUCCA